AUGUCCGACAGCGAUUCGGAUCCGGAGGAGGAGCUGUUCUAUCGCGCCACCCAGCACGUGGCUGGGAAUACCUCCUCCCUGGCCUCCGCAGAUCUGCUGGAAUUCUACGGCUACUACAAGCAGGCCAUUGACGGACCCUGUACCGAACCCAGUCCCGGCAUACUACAUCUGAAGGCUCGUAACAAGUGGCUCGUUUGGCAUAAUCUCGGCAAGAUGACGGCCACAGAUGCCCGGCGCGCAUAUGUCCAGAAGUUACAAAAACUACAGCCCAAUUGGCGGAAGAAGGCGGCCCGGACAACUGGCUGGGUGGUGCAUUCGAUUGAGACGGUGCCGCUGGAAGAUCAUCGUCCGGAGAGCGAGAAGACGCUCUUCGAUCAUGUCAAGGAGAACAAUUUGCCGCGUUUGAGGGAGCUUAUGACGCCGUCGGAUAUCCAGGAACUGGACGAGUACGGCAUGGCCCUAAUCCACUGGGCAACGGACCGCAAUGCCGUCGAUAUUAUUGAGUUCCUGGUGAAGAGUGGCGCCAGUGUGAAUCAACGGGACGCGGAACAGCAGACGCCAUUACAUUACGCCGCCAGCUGUGGCCACGUGGAGGCUCUGCGCUGCCUGCUGGACCUCCACGCCAAUCCGACACUGUGCGACUCCGAAGGACAAACCUGCUUGGACGUGGCCGACGAUGAGCAGAUCUGCACUGUGCUCCGCUUAGAGAAGGAACGCUUGCAGGCAGCCGCUUCCUAAUCGCAUCCUCAAAUUUUAGAUCAAUAGAUUCCACUUUGCCCAUCAAGAACCACUGUAAACACUAUGUAUGUUUUAAGAAAUUUUAUGACAAAUUACAAUGUGUAUUAAGGGUA